UACCCAACCCCUCCUUUUAAAUAUUUUCAACAACAUAUCUUCAUUCUACUCUAAACUGAGAAAAAAAUCCAAAGUAGCUUUUAGCAAAGUGAAAUAAUUUUCAUUCACUUAAAGUAAAGAAUCCAAUAGCCAACCCCUCCUUUUAAAUAUUUUCAACAACAUAUCUUCAUUCUACUCUAAACUAACAUCAGAAAGAUUUCCUGCAACUGCCUAUUAAGAACUUUGUAACGUAGCAACAACAAUGGCCAAUGUUGUUGAGCUUAAAGUUGGUUUGCACUGCGACGAAUGCAUCAAGAAAAUCUUGAAGACGAUCAAGAAAAUUGAAGAUAUUGAAACAUAUGAUGUGGAUAAACAACUAAACAAGGUAACAGUAACUGGAAAUGUGACUAAUGAAGAGGUGAUCAAAGUUCUUCACAAGAUCGGGAAACAAGCAAGCAACUGGGACCAACAAUCAAGUUGCUAAUCGAAUAAGCCCAGAGAAGAAGAGAACAGUAGGUAUGGGAGAAAUCGUUGUCAGCGUCGGGAUCUGAGAAGCAUUCACGAAGCCAGUAAUGGCGGAACCAAGGAGAAGAGUGAACGAGAUCCCACCAGUGAUCAGAGAAGUCCUCCACUUGACGAUACUCGAAGGGAACAAACAUUGGAGCAUUAGGAUUUAGGGUUGAAGUCGCCAUUGUUUUUGAUGAACAAAUUUCUAGAACAAAAAACAAGUAAGAGUGAUGGCUAUUAUGAGUAGGCUCCACCUAUAUAUAUAGUGCAUUGUAGUUAAUAAUUCUUAUUUUGUCUUUUUUGAAAGAUAGAGAUAAGGUUUAAUUAAACUUUAUCCUAUCAAAUCCAUAUAUUUUUUUCUUAAUUACACCAAAAAUUGCUUGUGGUCAAGUGUAAUUAUGUAUUUUAAAAAUGAAAUUAACAGACGCCGCCCGCGUGUAAGUCGGAGGUGGCACAUGGAACGUAUGGUGUAAUGUAACGUGCCACAGCACGUGACUUUGUUUCAA